GCGGCGCCGGCGGCGGCGAGUCGCAGGGCGGCAGCGCCAUCCUCAUCUCCUUCAUCUACUCCGUGGUGUGCCUGGUGGGGCUGUGUGGCAACUCCAUGGUCAUCUACGUGAUCCUGCGCUACGCCAAGAUGAAGACGGCCACCAACAUCUACAUCCUCAACUUGGCCAUCGCGGACGAGCUGCUGAUGCUGAGCGUGCCCUUCCUGGUCACCUCCACGCUGCUGCACCACUGGCCCUUCGGCUCCCUGCUGUGCCGCCUGGUGCUGAGCGUGGACGCGGUCAACAUGUUCACCAGCAUCUACUGCCUGACCGUGCUCAGCGUGGACCGCUACAUCGCGGUGGUGCACCCCAUCAAGGCGUCGCGCUACCGCCGGCCCACAGUGGCCAAGAUGGUCAACCUGGCCGUCUGGGGGCUGGCCAUCCUCAUCAUCCUGCCCAUCAUCAUCUUCUCCAAGGCCGAGAGCAACACGGACGGCACGGUGGCCUGCAACAUGAUGAUGCCCGAGCCCAAGCAGAAGUGGCUGGUGGUCUUCGUGGUCUACACCUUCCUCAUGGGCUUCCUGCUGCCCGUGGUGGCCAUCAGCCUCUGCUACAUCCUCAUCAUCGCCAAGAUGCGCAUGGUGGCGCUCAAGGCCGGCUGGCAGCAGCGCAAGCGCUCCGAGAGGAAGAUCACGCUCAUGGUCAUGAUGGUGGUCAUGGUCUUCGUCAUCUGCUGGAUGCCCUUCUACAUCGUGCAGCUGGUCAACCUCUUCGUGGAGCCCGAAGACGCCACCAUCAGCCAGCUCUCGGUCAUCCUGGGCUACGCCAACAGCUGCGCCAACCCCAUCCUCUACGGCUUCCUCUCGGACAACUUCAAGCGCUCCUUCCAGAGGCUGCUGUGCCUCAGCUGGAUGGACAACGCCGCCGAGGAGCCCAUCGACUACUACGCCACCGCCCUCAAGAGCAGGGCCUACAGCGUGGAGGACUUUCCGCCAGACAACUUCGGCGAGUCGGGCAGCAUGUACAGGAACGGGACGUGCACCUCCAGGAUUACAACCCUCUGA